AUGUCCGCAUUCAGUGCUCCUGGUAAGGCCUUUUUGGCCGGAGGGUUUUUGGUCUUGGAUCCCCAAUACCCUGCCUAUGUCACUGCUCUCUCGUCAAGAAUGCACGCGGUAGUUGAAAAAAGUUCUGCACUUGCACAAGAUUCAACUCCUCCCACAGAGUCGUCCAUAACCAUCAAAUCUCCCCAAUUUGGUGGAUGCUGGGAAUUCACGUUUCCAGACCUAACUUUCAGCUCUGUUUCUGAAGCCCAGGGAAGAAGGAACCCAUUCAUAGAAGCUACUAUUAGCAUAGUACUUGCCUACUUAGAGCCUAAACUGCCCUUCCAAUUGUCGAUUACCAUAUAUUCUGACCCUGGGUACCACUCUCAAGAUAAUACUGUACUCAGGAAAUCUGAAAAUGGGUCAAAAUCUUUCCUUUUCCACAACAAUCCUAUCGAGCGAGUAGCCAAGACUGGCCUAGGCUCAUCUGCAGGAUUGGUCACUGUAUUGACAACUGCAAUCUUAGCCUUCUUCUUGGGCAAGAAGCAAGAGGACCAGGUGUACGAAUUGAAGAGUCUAGUGCAUAACAUUGCCCAGAUUGCCCACUGCUAUGCUCAGAAGAAGAUCGGAUCAGGCUUUGAUGUUGCAGCUGCCACCUUUGGGUCAAUCAUCUACCAGAGGUUUGAUCCUGAGAUUUUAAAUGAGUUGUUUCAAAGAGAGAACUUUUUGGUUAAUGAUCGUAAAGCUAUCAAAGCUCUUGCUGAAAAGAAGUGGGUUUUCAGUGCUCAACCAGUUGCAUUACCACCCAAAAUCAAGCUCCUAAUGGGAGAUAUUAAAGGAGGCUCGGAAACCCCUAAAUUAGUAUCCAAAGUUUUGAAGUGGAAGGCUGAUAAUAAAGCCGAGAGUGAUAAAUUGUACUUUGACUUGAACAAUGCAAAUGUUCAAUUUAUAGAGUCAUUAAAAAGUUUACAAAGCUUACACGAACAGGAUAUUGAAAAAUAUGAAAGCAUCUUAAAGGUAUUAGCCCACGCCAAAGUAGUAGAUUCAGAUGGAGGGGAAAAAUUAGAAGAUUUGGGCCCAUUUAAGAGCCUUAUCGAUUCAAUUAAGAAGAUCAGAGAAAAUCUCCGCAAGUUAACCCAAUUUUCCGGAGCAGAGAUCGAGCCCAUAGAGCAAACACAUUUACUCGACGAUUGCAGUUCGAUCGAAGGUGUGUUAGGGGGUGUGGUCCCAGGGGCAGGUGGAUACGAUGCAAUAUGCCUAUUGGUAAUAGAGAAUAGCAUUUCAAAUGUUUUACAGGCGAAUGGUGAGAGAUUGGAUAAGGUUACCUGGUUGGAUUUACAGGAAGAGUCUGAAGGUGUAGUGGUGGAAAAGGCAUGUGACUAUGUAGGGUUCUAG